AUGAAAGGGCCUCUUGCGCGCCGGAGCUUCCUCCACCAAAGACGUCUAAUAGCGCAGAAGGCCAGCUGCUUCCACUCCAUGGCUUCGGAGACUGGCUAUCCCCCGGUGCAGGCUCUGCCAUCUGAACUACGCCAUUACUGCAGUGCUUAUCUGGAAGAAAGACUCUACACACAGGCCUUUAAUCUUUUAUCAAGCGUUAUAUCUUCCCGGUCUACUGCUUCCGGGAAGGUAUUUGCUCCCCCGUCGCAGUUCCUCGCCUUAGCAGCAACAUUGACUGUACACCCCACUACGACUACGCGGUCAAAGUCAGACGAAUAUCUCACAGCAUCCAACUCUGCUCUACAUUUGCUUAAUUUGGCCAACAAGAUCUUAGGACCCAUUGGUGGCCGAUUUAGGGAUACCUUUGUCUUUGACCGCUUUGCCAAUUCGAGGAAUGAAAGGAAGUAUACAACUGACGGUGAAUCGACUUUGAGUGGCGCGGAUGGCACACGCGUUGAACCCUUAAAUCUAGACCUUGCGCAAGGAAACUCACUAUGGUCGCGUGCAGAGGACUUCUGGCACGUCGUGGGGUGGGCGCUUAACUGCUCAAUACUACAUCCUAAAAGAUGGGCCCGUUGGCACCUCUUCUUACAAUUCAUGUGCGAUGUCCUGGAAGAUGACUGGAAGGCAAGAGAAAAGGAGUUCAAAGAAAUGCCUCCUGCCGAUUCAAAAUCCAAGAGAGACUGUUCAAUCCUCACUGAAAGUCUAAUAUUCAACUACAUAUCAACGACUUCAAACCAUGUAGGCAGUGAUAGGAGAAUCCUCAGGGCGAUUUUUGCUGAUGGUUCGCAAUCAUCUACAAACGAAUUCAGAGAGAUUUUCCGCAACGAACUGCAAGAGGUCUCAAAGGAAAAGGCUCAAGCCUCACGAAGAAAAGGCGACAUCAACAUCGACGAGGAAAUCUAUGGAGAUUACCUUGACAACCCCGACCAGGAAGAGGAAGAUGAAGAGGAUCAAGAUGACCCUAUCCAGAAGACUUCGGGGGGCUCCGAAAGGGUUGAGGCCCGAGUCAAGCGUCAGCGACGAUCUACCAGGAAAAAAUCUGGAAAAGAUGAUAUCCCUUCUGACCAUGGAGACGAUGGCCCAUUGAGUGCUCAGUACGACAAACUAGACCACCUGGGCAGUCUAGAGUCUCUGACCAUCCGCCAACGGCUUCUAUAUUUGCUCUCUUGCGUUUCCAACAGUAUACCAGAGCAUUUCAUGACGCUGCCCAGGCUGUACUCCUUCUACGUUGAGUUCAUCCGACAUCUCCCACUUCCUACAUUUCAGCUCUUCGCCUCCCCAUCCGUACUCACCCAUUUCCCUCCUGCCUGCCAAACUACUCUCUGCGAAAUGCUAUUAUUUAGCAUCUUAGAGAAUGCUGCACCGGCCUCAACAGAGAAUUUUCUGAGCCAGUCUAAGCUUGAGCGGUGUUUCCUCCCUUUCACUGCAAAGACGAACAGCGUGAUUGAUAACGCGAGGGUGUCAAUCUUGCUGGAGUCUUUGAUACGCCUCCUUGCAAUCAGUGGGCUGAUAUUCUCUAGGCCGCGGUUGUCAGAUGCUGUUGCAAAGGGGAUUGAGGCUCGGUCCAAAAAGGCGCGGAUUGACGUCAAAAGAGGACAGAACAAGAAGCUGACCGAGGAGUUUGGAUGGGUGUGGCUCAUUGAGAGCGGAGAUAGGAUGGUGCACUUUGUUAACAACCUUCUACCCAACGAACCAGAACCAGACUACAUCGUUAUUGGGUCGCAAUGA